AUGAUUCACAGAGGCCGCGACCCUCAAAGCACAUUAAUCCUUAUGCUGUGUUGGGUGAGGAGUGGACGUGUGUUAAUGUGUGUGUGUGUGUGUGUGUGUGAGAGAGGGUAACAUUACCUCAAGAUAUAAUGUAUGCACUCACUAACUGUAAGUCGCUCUGGAUAAGAGCGUCUGCUAAAUAACUAAAAUGUAAAAUGAUGUAAAUGUGUGUGACUUCUGUCAGUGCGGUGUGUGUUCUAAGAGGAAAUUAUGAAAGCUACAGCCGGAUUAAGCUGAUCUCAGCUGCAACGUGGGAAUGAAUAAAUCGCUGUGUUUUGAGUCCGUUUAACGUUUUGAGUGCACUUCAACUGCAAAUAAAGUUUGUAAACAGUAAUUACAGAAAUUUCACUCUCUCCUUCCUCCCUCUGCACUUCCUCUCCUCCCGGUUCUCCCUCUCUUCCUCCAUCGACCAUCAUCCUUCCUCCCUCUGCCCCCCUCUAUCCUCCCUCGCUCCUUCCAUCCUUCAUCUACCAUCCUUCUUGGUCUCUCUCCCCCAUCCCUCCAGGUGCCAUCUGAUGACUCACUAGGUCUGCUACCAGAGCCCCAGGUAGCCAUGUUCUGUGGGAAGCUGAAUAUGCACGUCAACGUCCAGAGUGGCAAGUGGGAGCCGGACCCCUCCGGCACCAAGAGCUGCAUCGGAACCAAGAAUGGCAUCCUGCAGUACUGCCAGGAGGUUGGAGGAGAGGGAGGGGGAGGGAAAGGUGGCAGAGAGAGGAAAGCAUGAGCGGUAGGAAAAAGAGAAAUAAAGAAAGGUGAAAGGAGAGUGGAAGAGGGUGGUUGAUUAGGAAGAUAGAGGGGUGGAAGCUAAAUGAAAUUAGGGCGAGAAAGAGAAACAAGGGAGAUCUGAGGUAAAUGUCAGGAAUAUUACACCAAUACAAAACAACUGUGUGAAGUCUUGUACAAUCAUUGAAUCCUGCUCCUUCCCCAGGUGUACCCUGAGCUCCAGAGCACUAACGUGGUGGAGGCCAACCAGCCAGUCAGCAUCCAGAACUGGUGCAAGAAGGGACGCAAGCAGUGUCGCAGUCACACACACAUCGUGGUGCCCUACCGCUGCCUGGGUAAGCUGUGUGUAUGUGCUUGUGUGUGUGUGUGUGUGUGUGUGCUUGAGUGUUUAUGAGAGACUCCAUAAUCUGUGUGUGUUUUGCAGUUGGGGAGUUUGUGAGUGAUGCCCUGCUGGUUCCUGAUAAGUGCAAGUUCCAGCACCAGGAGAGAAUGGACAUGUGUGAGAGCCACCUGCACUGGCACACCGUGGCUAAAGAGGUGAGGACACAUGCUUUUCACUUCAUUUUCACGCCAUUCUGUUGUGUUCAGGUAUGCUCCUCCCCAGUCUCUCCUCCCCAGUCUCUCCUCUGUCUAGUGUUCUCUCUCUCAUCCGCAUUCUCUCGCUCGUAUUCUCUCUCUCGCUCGUAUUCUCUCUCUCACUCGUAUUCUCUCUCUCGCUCGUAUUCUCUCCUCUUCUAUCUCUCUCCUAUAUCUAUCUAGUAUUCUCUCCUCCUAUCUCUCGUUCUCUAUCUAUCUAGUUCUCUCUCAAUUCAAUUCAAAGGGCUUUAUUAGCAUGGGAAACAUAUGUUUACAUUGCCAAAGCAAGUGAAAUAGAUAAUAAACAAAAGUGUAAUAAAAAAUUAACAGUAAACAUUACACUCAUAAAAGUUCCAAAGGAAUAGAGCCAUUUCAAAUGUCAUGUUAUGGCUAUAUACAAUGAUGUAACGAUGUGCAAAUAGUUAAAGUACAAAAGGGAAAAUAAAUCAACAUAAAUAUGGGUUGUAUUUACAAUGGCGUUUGUUCUUCACUGGUUGCCCUUUUCUUGUGGCAACAGGUCACAAAUCUUGCAGCUGUGAUGGCACACUGUGGUAUUUCACCCAAUAUUAUCUACUCCUCUCUUGCCUGUCUGUCAAUCUAGUAUUCUUUCCUCUCUCUUUUGUAUUCUCUACUCCUCUCCACUCUCUAUCUAUCUAGUGUCCUCUCCUCUCUUUCCUCUAUCUAGUAUUCUCUCAUCUAUCUAGUAUUCUCUCCUCUUUCUCCUCUCUAUCUAGUGUUCUGGGAGAGAGUGUGCUGUGCUGUGGUGAUUCAUCCUUCCCUGCAGGCCUGAAUCCUCUCAUCCCAUCCUUCCUCCUUCUAUUCUUUCACUGAAUUUGAGUCAACUAGAUUUUAUAAGCUAUAAUUGUAAAAACGUAAUUUUUUUGCUUUUUUGCUUCAUAUUAUUGUUUUUGUCAUGUGACCUGACCAGGAAACCGUCUUGGCACUAGUGAUAUGUAAUUGCGUGUAAAGACCUGUGUCUCAAAAAUAGAUUUUUUCUAAUUACUAUUAUUAUCAGUCCUGUGGAGACCGCACCAUGAAUCUCCAUGACUACGGCAUGCUGUUGCCAUGCGGCAUCGACCGUUUCCGAGGGGUGGAGUUUGUGUGUUGCCCGGGAGACACGCAGCGCAAGUCAGACAGCAUGGAGCUGACUGAGUCUGACAUGUGGUGGGGCGGUACCGAGACUGAAUACACCGAUAACAGGUAUACACGCACGCACGCGCGCGCACACACACAAAUGUGUACACACAAAGGCACAAGCACAGGUGCAUACAGUCAGACACAAACACACAGACAUUUAAGCACACAUAUAUCAUCUUAAAUGCUUACUCAAGUUCGUAAACCAGUGGUUAAACACUUUUGACAGAUAACCUUCACAACCAGUCUACACACACUCACGAACACCCACCCUCCCUACAGCAUGCCUCGCCAGGCGGAUCAGGGGGCUGCCACCACUGAGGAUGAUGAGGAUGCCCUUGAUAGGGACGGUGACGGUGAUGAGGAUGAUGAUGAUGAUGAAGACGAUGAGGAUGAAAUGACUGACGAACGGGAUAGUGGUGAACGCACCUCCAACAUCGCCAUGACAACCACCACCACGGCCACCACUGAGUCGGUCGAGGAAGUUGUCAGAGGUAAGAGCAUGGCAUGGAUGGAAAGAGAUAAAUACUUGUUGGUUGGUUUGUAGAGAUGGAUAAGAUGGAGUGUGUAUGUUUGAACAUAUGUGUAAACACACACCCAAGCAGUGUGUGUGUGUGUGUGUGUGUGUUUGCUCUGUGUGAGUGUGUAUGUGUACAUACUGCGUGUCGUUUGUUUUAAGAGUGUGUGUGUCUCUCUCAGAGGUAUGUUGGGCACGUGCUGAAUCGGGCCCAUGCCAUGCCAUGCUGGAGCAUUGGUACUUCGUGCCAGAGAAGGGCACCUGUGCCCCCUUCCUCUUUGGAGGGUGCGGGGGCAACCGGAAUAAUUUUGACUCAGAGGAAUACUGCCUGUCUGUCUGCAGCACCAGUGUGUGUAAGUCCCUGUACUGAACCCCCGAUAUGGCCCUCUGUGCCCCUUACCUUGGGCCAUGGGGACUGUCCACCCUGCUGUCUGCCUCUCUGAGCCGCCUGUCUGUCUAACACUGUCUACCUGUCUGUCUGAUGUCUCUUAGAACAUUGGAGCGUAAGUGAUUCAGAGGGGUUGGGUUAAAUGUGCAAGACACAUUUCGGUUGAAUCCAUUCAGUUGUUCAACUGACUAGGUAUCCCCUUUCCCAUAUGUACUACCAACUCUGAAAGGGGAAGAUUUUUCAGUUCUAGAUUUAGCAACACGUUGGUCAAUGAAGCACCUUGAGGAUACUUAACGUUUUUAUUUAAUUUCAUUUAAGAGAUAUUCAGCUACUCUUAAAGGAAAAUGGAAGGUCAAUAAAAAGCACUGCAUUAAAUACUUUUAUUGAUAUUACAUUUUCCUUCAAUAGUAGUUAUUAAAGAUGAACCAUCACUAUGGAUAGCUAAUAACAAACCUUGAGAGGGUCUGGGUCCAGGGUCUGGGUCCAGGGUCUGAGUCCAGGGUCUGAGUCCAGGGUCUGAGUCCAGGGUCUGAGUCCAGGGUCUGAGUCCAGGGUCUGAGUCCAGGGUCUGAGUCCAGGGUCUGAGUCCAGGGUCUGAGUCCAGGGUCUGAGUCCAGGGUCUGAGUCCAGGGUCUGAGUCCAGGGUCUGAGUCCAUCUCAGCUAUUGAAUACUGUGGGAAGUGCAGAGGAUUCCUAUCAAUAUAGUCUGAUCUAGUGGGUGUACAGACAUCUUGGUACAGACAGAGGUUAACCUUUCGAUUAGGUUAUUCUGGUUUAAAAAAGAGAUAUAGCGACUUUAAGAAACAGCUGAGAAAUAUCUGAGCAGGAAAAUAGCCAUCACACUCCCUCCCUCACUCACUCACUCACCCUUUUACUCAUCUGCUUUCGCAACGAUUCUCUUACUCAUUCCAUCACUUGCCAACCAGCUCAAUAACACUGGAGGUUAUGAGUCUCUGUGGGUCUGAUGGGGUCAGGGUAAUGUGUGUGUGUGUGAGAGACAAUAUUUAUGUCUAGUGAUUUAUGCUAGUCUGACCUGGCUGUGUGUGUUAAUGAGUUCAUGUCCUAACCGGCUUAACCAAACAACACCAGUCUCUCUUCAUAUUGGUGUGUGUGUGCAUGUGACAAUAUUUAUGUCUGAUGAUUUAUGCUGGUCUGACCUGGCUGUGUGUGUUAAUGAGUUCAUGUCCUAACCGGCUUAACCUAACAACAGCAGUCUCUCUUCAUAUCACUUUAUCAGUGUGUGUGGGUCAGUGGGUUGAGUCCGUUUUCCUGUCCCUCUCUUUUCUGGUACAGCACAACACUCCUCAGCGGGGAGUGUCAAGGCAGCGAGAAGUCAAGGCAGACAGAUAUAUCACCUGUCACUCGCUGGCUGACAGGUUUAGCUGCUCUAACCAGUCUGCCGGGUCCACCUGUCUGUCUGUGUGUGUUCAGGACUUGAACGUCUAAGUACAGUUUCAGAUUACAGUGGCAGAUAAUGUAGACUUGUGGAAGGAGGAUAUGCCACUGUUUAACAGUUAACUUCUCUCUCUGGACCCUUUUGUGGACAUCCACUUUCCGCUCUACCUCUCCUCCGCCCUCCCCAGUGCCCACCAAGGCCCCCUCCCCCCCUGGCGUGGUGGACCAUUACCUGGAGUCUCCCGGAGACUACAACGAACACGCCGACUUCCAGAAGGCCAAGGAAAGUCUGGAGGCCAAGCACCGCGAGAGGAUGUCCCAGGUGUGUGUGUUUGAGCGAGAGAGAGUGCGAGAGAGUCAGUCAGUUUUGGCACAUUUCACAGCAUUAACAGCGAGAAUAGUUACAUUCUGCCCAUAACACAUAUCAACACACACACACAGGGUGACGAUAGCUUACCUUGGGUUUGUGAUAUGAUGAUGCAAAGGUUCCAAAUGAACAAUGUUACACAUUACCAGGUACCUCACCAUGUCAUAUGCGGGGCAAAAGCACUGGUGUACAUGUGUAUGUAUGAGAGAAAGAGAGAGAAUAUGUAUUUUUGAGAGAGAGAAGUAUCCCUCCUCUGAUGUGAACUAGGGACAUUGAGGGAGGUCUCUGAGAGGUGUGUUCUCUGAUAUGUGUCUCUCCAGGUGAUGAGAGAGUGGGAGGAGGCAGAGAGACAGGCUAAGAUUCUCCCUCGCGCUGACAAGAAGGCUGUCAUUCAGGUACGGUACCUGGGCUGUGUGUAUGCGUGCUAUAUAUAUAUAUAUAUUUUAUUUAUUUAUUUUACCUUAAUUAUGACAUGGAGUCAUGCUGAAACCAAGGUCUCUUUUACAGAUGAGCCCUUUAUACACAUCAAUACACAUGCGUGCCAGUAAUGUGUGUGUGUCUACUAGUGUGUAUUAAUGUUUCUGCGUGCUCCUGUGUGCAGCACUUCCAGGAGAAGGUGGAGGCCCUGGAGCAGGAGGCAGCAGGAGAGCGACAGCAGCUGGUUGAGACCCACAUGGCCCGGGUGGAGGCCCUGCUAAACAGCCGCCGUCGCAUGGCCCUGGAGAACUAUCUUAGCGCCCUGCAGGCCAACCCACCCAGGGUAUAUAUAAACUCAGCAAAAAAAGAAACGUCAUCUCACUGUCAACUGCGUUUAUUUUCAGCAAACUUAACAUGUGUAAAUAUUUGUGUGAACAUAACAAAAUUCAACAACUGAGACAUAAACUGAACAAGUUCCACAGACAUGUGACUAACAGAAAUUGAAUAAUGUGUCCCUGAAGAAAGGGGGGGUCAAAAGUAACAGUCAGUAUCUGGUGUGGCCACCAGCUGAAUUAAGUACUGCAGUGCAUCUCCUCCUCAUGGACUGCACCAGAUUUGCCAGUUCUUGCAGUGAGAUGUUACCCACUCUUUCACCAAGGCACCAGCAAGUUCCCUGACAUUUCUGUGGGGAAUGGCCCUAGCCCUCACCCUCCGAUCCAACAGGUCCCAGACGUGCUCAAUGGGAUUGAGAUCCGGCCUCUUCGCUGGCCAUGGCAGAACACUAACAUUCCUGUCUUGCAGGAAAUCACGCACAGAACGAGCAGUAUGGCUGGUGGCAUUGUCAUGCUGGAGGGUCAUGUCAGGAUGAGCCUGCAGGAAGGGUACCACAUGAGGGAGGAGGAUGUCUUCCCUGAAACGCACAGUGUUGAGAUUGCCUGCAAUGACAACAAGCUCAGUCCGAUGAUGCUGUGACACACCGCCCCAGACCAUGACGGACCCUCCACCUCCAAAUCGAUCCCGCUCCAGUGUACAGGCCUCGAUGUAACGCUCAUUCCGACGAUAAACGCAAAACUUUUUGCCAGUCCUGUCUGGUCCAGCGACGUUGGAUUUGUGCCCAUAGGCGACGUUGUUGCCGGUGAUGUCUGUUGAGGACCUGCCUUACAACAGGCCUACAAGCCCUCAGUCCAGCCUCUUGCGGACAGUCUGAGCACUGAUGGAGGGAUUGUGCGUUACUGGUGUAACUCUGGCAGUUGUUGUUGCCAUCCUGUACCUGUCCUGCAGGUGUGAUGUUUGGAUGUACCGAUCCUGUGCAGGUGUUGUUACACGUGGUCUGCCACUGCAAGGACGAUCAGCUGUCCGUCCUGUCUCCCUGUAGCGCUGUUUUAGGCGUAUCACAGUACGGACAUUGCAAUUUAUUGCCCUGGCCACAUCGCAGUCCUCAUGCCUCCUUGCAGCAUGCCUAAGGCACAUUCACGCAGAUGAGCAGGGACAUUUACAUUUUAGUCAUUUAGCAGACGCUCUUAUCCAGAGUGACUUACAGUUAGUGAGUGCAUACAUAAUUUUUUUAUUUUUCAUACUGGCCCCCCGUGGGAAUCGAACCCACAACCCUGGCGUUGCAAACGCCAUGCUCUACCAACUGAGCUACAUCCCUGCCGGCCAUUCCCUCCCCUACCCUGGAUGACGCUGGGUCAAUUGUGCGCCACCCAAUGGGUCUCCCGGUCGCGGCCGGCUACGACAGAGCCUCGAUUCGAACCAGGAUCUCUAGUGGCACAGCUAGCACUGCGAUGCAGUGCCUUAGACCACUGCGCUACUCGGGGGGACCCUGGGCAUCUUUCUUUUGGUGUUUUUCAGAGUCAGUAGAAAGGCCUAUUUAGUGUCCUAAGUUUUCAUAACUGUGACCUUAAUUGCCUACCGUCUGUAAGCUGUUAGUGUCUUAACGACCGUUCCACAGGUGCAUGUUCAUUAAUUUUUUAUGGUUCAUUUGAACAAGCAUGGGAAACAGUGUUUAAACCCUUUACAAUGAAGAUCUGUGAAGUUAUUUUGAUUUUUACUAAUUAUCUUUGAAAGACAGGGUCCUGAAAAAAUGACGUUUCUUUUUUUGCUGAGUUUAUUUAUUUAUUUAUUUAUUUAUUUAUAUAUAUAUAUUGAACAAAAAUAUAAACGCAACAUGUAAAGUGUUGGUUUCAUGAGCUGAAAUAAAAGAUCCCAGAAAUGUUCCAUAUACACAAAAAGCUUAUUUCUCUCAAAUGUUGUGCACAAAUUUGUUUACAUCCCUGUUAGUCAUCAUUUCUCCUUUGCCAAGAUAAUCCAUCCACCUGACAGGUGUGGCAUAGCAAUAAGCUGAUUAAACAGCAUGAUCAUUACACAGAUGCACCCUGUGCUGGGGACAAUAAAAGGCCACUCUAAAAUGUGCAGUUUUGUCACACAACACAAUGCCACAAAUGUCUCAAGUUUUGAAGGAGCAUGCAAUUGGCAUGCUGACUGCAGGAAUGUCCAACAGAACUGUUGUCAGAUAAUUUAAUGUUAAUUUCUCUACCAUAAGCCACCUCCAACGUUGUUUUAGAGAAUUUGGCAGUACGUCCAACCGGCUUCACAACCGCAGACCACGUAUAUGGCGUCGUGUGGGCGAGCAGUUUGCUGAUGUCAAUGUUGUGAACAGAGUGCCCCAUGGUGGCGUGGGGUUAUGGUAUGGACAGGCAUAACCGACAGACAACGAACACAGUGCCGUUUUAUCUAUGGCAAUUUGAAUGCACAGAGAUAGAGUGAUGAGAUCCAUUGUCAUGCCAUCCACCGCCAUCACCUCAUGUUUCAGGAUGAUAAUGCACGGCCCCAUGUCGCAAGGAUCUGUACACAAUUACUGGAAGCUGAAAAUGUCCCAGCACCCGUUGCUGACAGGUGUAUAAAAUCGAGCACACAGCCAUGCAAUCUCCAUAGACAAACAUUGGCAGUAGAAUGGCCCGUACUGAAGAGCUCAGUGCCUUUCAACAUGGCACCGUCACAGGAUGCCACCUUUCCAACAAGUCAAUUUGUCAACUUUCUGCACUGCUAGAGCUGCCCCGGUCAACUGUAAGUGCUGUUAUUGUGAAGUAAAAACGUCUAGGAGCAACAACGGCUCAGCCGCGAAGUGGUAGGCCACACAAGCUCACAGAACAGAACCGCCGAGUGCUGAAGCAUGUAAAAAUCGUCUGUCCUCGCUUGCAACACUACCUAAUGAGUUCCAAACUGCCUCUGGAAGCAACGUCAGUACAAGAGCUUCAUGAAAUUGGGUUUCCAUGGCUGAGCAGCUGCACACAACCCUAAGAUCACCAUGAGCAAUGCCAAGCGUCGGCUGGAGUGGUGAAUCACGCUACACCAUCUGGCAGUCCAACGGACAAAUCUGGGUUUGGUGGAUGCCAGGAGAACGUUGCCCCAAAGCAUAGUGCCAACUGUAAAGUUUGGUGGAGGAGGAAUAAUGGUCUGGGGCUGUUUUUCAUGGUGUAUAAUGUACACAGACACUCACUCAGUACAUACUGUACAAAUACUCUCACUGUGUAUACACACUUACCAGUCAUUCUCACUAUAAUCAAACACAUUCUCACUUGUACAUACACAUGUUGUCCACAUCAAUAUCUCUUAUUUCUCUCUUAGUUUUUCUAUCUCUCUGUCCCUCUCCCCUUCUCUCACUUUCUCUCUUGCUCUCUAUCUCUCCCUCAUCCCCCUUUCCUCUCCCCCAUCCCCCCCUCUCUCUCCCCCUUAGCCUCGUCAGGUGCUGGGCCUGUUGAAGAAGUAUGUCCGUGCAGAGCAGAAGGACAGACAACACACCCUGAAACACUAUGAACACGUCCGCAUGGUGGACCCCAAGAAGGCUGCUCAGAUCCGACCCCAGGUACCCCAACUCCCCCAACCACUAUAAUACACUACCCUACAUUCAGCCCAUACAUUCACUCUGUGUCCCGUGUAACUCCUUUGACCUCUGCACUUCUGACUUCCAGGUGAUGACCCACCUGCAUGUGAUUGACGAGAGGAUGAACCAAUCCUUGGGGCUGCUCUUCAAGGUGCCCAGCGUGGCCAACGAAAUCCAAGACCAAGUUUGUGAGUGUCCGCCCUACUCCUACCCAUAUACUGCAGUUUCAUGUUAUUAUUUAGUCCAUACACAGUGUAGUACUAUAUUGUGUUAUUACAGAGAUAAUGUACCGACUAUACAUUUUCCUUUCUGGCUUGUGUUCAUUCUGUCUCCUUUUCCUUCUAUUUUCCCUUUCUCUCUCUCUCUGUCUGUCUCUGUCUCUCUCUGUCUCUGUGUGUAGCGGUCCUGAUGCAGAGGGUUCAGUCAGAGCUGUCUCAGCAAGUCUCAUCUCUGCAGAGCGAUGGGAGGGUGAGUUUUACACAGGCAUGCACACUCUCAUUCAUAAAAUUUUUACAAUCUCUCCUAUCUCACACACACGCAAACACACACACACCAGGGCUGGGAUCAAUUCAAAUGGAAGGCAGUCAAUUCAGGAAGUGAUUUUAAUAACAAAUUCCUAAAUAGAAAAACUUAAAUCGUUGAAAAUAGAUGCUGUUAAAAAACAAAAAGAUUUGUUAUUGAAGUUUACUUCCUGAAAUGACUGCCUUCAAUUCAAAUUGACCCUAGUCCUGACACACACACACACACUCAGUAAUGUGUAUCCUGUGUUUGCAGACUGAUGUCAGGGUGAGCUAUGGGAACGAUGCCCUGAUGCCUGACCAGGCCUACAGCUCUGCCCCUCUGGACCCUGGCAUGGGCCUGGACAGACUCGGCUUCAUCCACCCAGAGAGUUUCAACCAGCCCAACACCGACAACCAUGGUAACACACACACACACACACACAACCAGCCUAACACACAGCCUAGCAAACCACGGCAAUACACACACAGGACAGCUGUUUCAUGCAUUGUUCAUUACAUUGGUCAUGCUCUAAAGCUUUUUAUCAGGGAAUGUUUCCUCUGUUAAAACAGUUGAGCCUGUUGACGCUCGUCCAGUUCCAGAUAAAGGUCUGCCACUCGGCCUGCUAAGGGUCUGUGUGUGUGUGUGUGUUCCUAUAGUAUGUGUAUGAUUGUGUUUAUACUGUAUGGGUAUGUUUGUGGUUAUGGUUGUGUUUGUCUCUUUGAUUAUGUGUGUAUGUUUGGAUGGUGUAUGAUGCUCUCUCUCUCUCACUGUGUGUGUUUAGUCUCUGCUCUGAAGCCUGAGGAGUUCCCUGAGGUGCGGAUGGAGAAAGAGAGGCAAAGCGCCAGCUAUGAAGUGCAUCAUCAAAAACUGGUACAAAAACAUUCAGUACCUAUACACUGGUACAUGUUCAUACAUGUAUACAUCACAAACUGUCUCAGUAGUUCACAUGUUUGCGAUAGAAACUGGAACAUUUCCAUAAUGGUUUAUCUGUGCAUUGGAGACUGGUAAACACAGUUCUCGUCACAGUCUAUAACUGCAGAAACCCUCAACAAACACACAAUCUCCAGUUUGAUUGACAGGUGUUGUUGUGUUGAUUAUUACCAGGUGUUCUUCGCUGAGGAUGUUGGCUCCAACAAGGGUGCCAUCAUUGGGCUGAUGGUGGGCGGGGUUGUCAUAGCGACAGUCAUCGUCAUCACUCUGAUUAUGCUGAGGAAGAAGCAGUACACCUCCAUUCAUCACGGAGUCAUCGAGGUAAGAGAGUGUGUGUGUGUAUGCGUGCGUGCCUGUGAUUUGUCUGUGCAUGUGCGUGGGUGUUCUGUACCUGUGUGUUAACCUGGUGUGUGUGUGUGUUGCAGGUGGAUGCUGCAGUGACCCCAGAGGAGCGACACCUGUCCAAGAUGCAGCAGAAUGGUUAUGAGAACCCCACCUACAAGUUCUUCGAACAGAUGCAGAACUAA